UGCCCGUCUGGUUUCGCGUUAAUCGUCCGAUAGCCACCGCGAAGAAAAUCGCGUAUCACGCGCGGACGCGCGCGAGUGAUCGUUAGUGCCGCGAUUCCUGGCUGCGCGGGAAUCACCAAGGACGCAUCAUGGCGGAGACAGGUACGUGCGUUUCACGAAACCACCUCCAUUAAUCGAUCAUCCAAAAGUGCGGCGCAACUUCGUUAGCAGGGUGGACAGAGGAACGGAACGUGUCUGGUGCGGCUUGGCGCUUUGAACGAAGGUACCACACCGAAGAAGACGAAGAACUCUGAUUACCAUCUUCCCCCCCUCGUGUACAAGUUUAAACUUCCCCCCCCCCUCUUCCCCCUAAACCCCCUUUAUUCCCCCCUAUCAAGCCCGCAGCUUGAUAACUUACGGUUCUGUAGUGCUCCAGUUUCUGGUUUUUCUUUCUUCGUUGGUGAGCCCCAGUGUGAUAGCGGGAGUAAAGGAGAAAGGAAUCCGAUGAUACGCGAGUGAUUCGCGACGAUGGUGGUGUGAUAAAAAAAAAAGAGAAAAAAAAAGAAGGAAAGAGUGUGCCGCGCGUGUCGUCCGAGAGUGCGCGGAGGAGAGUAAACCGAGAGGAAUCGCGACCAGGAGGAGGUGAUAUUGUAUGUAUAAAUAGAAUAGGUAUACAUAUAUUAAUAUAUAUAUAUGUAAGGACGUGUGACAGUGUGUGUCCGUACGCAGAGAGUACAAAAAUAAUAGACAGAAAGGAAAAGGAAGUAACGCGGGAGGAUUAACCGAUCGAGGAGAAAGAGGACGGAGUGUGAGAGUACGCAAAAAGACCGAGGUGGCAUUAGCAGGUGGGACAGGUGGGACAGUAGCAUGAGUUCGUACUUCGCGAAUUCGUACAUCCCGGACCUGCGUAAUGGCGGGGUGGAACACCCGCAUCAGCAUCAGCAGCACUACGGUGCCGCCGUCCAGGUGCCCCAGCAAACGCAGUCGGUUCAGCAGCAGUCUCAGCAAGCCGGGGACCCUUGCGACCCUACUCUCCUACGUCAGGGAGUGCCUGGGCACCAUUAUGGGGCCGCGGGCAGCCAGCAAGAUAUGCCUUAUCCGAGGUUUCCGCCGUACAAUCGGAUGGAUAUGCGUAACGCGACCUAUUAUCAGCAUCAGCAGGAGCACGGGAACAUCGACGGGAUGGGCGGUUACAGGUCGACGUCCCCCAGCCCCGGCAUGGGUCACAUGGGACACACGCCGACCCCGAACGGACAUCCGUCCACUCCUAUUGUCUACGCGAGUUGCAAGCUUCAAGCGGCCGCGGUCGAUCAUCAGGGUAGCGUGCUCGAUGGACCGGAUAGCCCGCCUCUCGUCGAGUCCCAGAUGCACCACCAGAUGCACUCCCAGCAUCCUCACAUGCAGCCGCAGCAACCUCCGCAUCAGCAGCAACAGCAGCCCCAUCAGCAUCUUCAAGCCCAGCAGCAGCACAUGAUGUACCAGCAGCAACAGCAGACGCAGACGGCGACGCAACAGACCCAACCCGGUAUGCAUCCCCAGCAACAGCAACCGGCCCCCCAACACCAAGGGGUGGUCGCCUCGCCCCUCAGUCAGCAACAACAGGGUGCUCCUCAAGGCGCGGCAAGCGCCAACCUACCGAGUCCGCUCUAUCCCUGGAUGAGAAGUCAAUUCGAGAGGAAACGAGGACGACAAACGUACACCCGAUACCAAACCCUGGAGCUGGAGAAGGAGUUCCACUUCAACCGAUACCUGACCAGGCGGCGGCGCAUCGAGAUCGCGCACGCGCUAUGCCUGACGGAGCGGCAAAUCAAAAUCUGGUUUCAAAACAGACGGAUGAAGUGGAAGAAGGAGAACAAGACGAAGGGCGAGCCAGGCUCGGGCGACGGCGACACCGAGAUCUCGCCGCAGACGUCGCCGCAGGGUUGAGAGAGUCCCGAGGAGUGGAACUUCCAAAGAGGUCUCAUCUCUCUCAGGGUCGUUAAUACCUUGUUUCCAGCACUACCUCCUCCCCACCCCUAACCCCGAAACCCCGCCAGACCUGCAACCCCCGACGACCUCCAAACCCCCCCCCCCCCCCCCCCACAUCUCCUGCAAAACCACCAACCCCACCUCGUAUAUAUACACGCAGACACACACACAUACACCUCCCCCAGCCCUCCCCCCAAAAAACAGCAAUGACGCUUAUUUUGUCGUGUUAAUCAAGUUGCUCGUACCAAAAAAAGGAGAAGAGAGAAGGGAUGACGGAUAUAAGGGACGAACGGAGAACGAGAAACGAACGCGGCCGACAGACAGUGCGGAGAUAUGGAAGUGAAGACGUGAACGGGACGAUGACAAAGGGACGAAAAGAGAGAGAGGGUGAGAGUGAGAGAGAGAGAGAGAGAGAGAGAGAGAGGGAAGGGAAUGCGAGAUAAGAGGAAUGGAAGGACGAGGGACACGAGGGAAUACAGAAAAGAGAGAGGAAAUGGAACGGGACACACGGAACGAGUCGGAUGAAGAUUUAUAGGGACGCGCGAUCUUCUAAUAACAAUGUAGCGGAACGUCGAGGAAACCGAAGAAGAGGGAUCGGAUCGUAAGAAAACUGGAUCACAUGCUAAUCAGAACCGCGUUAACCUCUAUUACAUUUAACCGAAUGUAAUUGUACUAAAGCCUAUAAUAAUUAUAAUAAUUAUAGAGAUAACGGAGAGAAACGAAAUAUACGUACUUUAAUGUCGCGAGAGAACGUGGGAGUUGCGCGCGCGAAUGCUCGGAUCUAUGUAAUUGUAAGUAGAGAAUGAAUGAGCCCGUGUAAAGUGAUAUAUACAUACAAAUAUAUGUGUGGUUAUAUAUGCAUAUACAUAUAUGUGUAUAUGUAUAAAGAUGAGCGAGAAUGUUGCGCCGCGACGACGAG